CUCCGUUCACAUCUCAACUAUCUCUUCAUCAAUUGCUCUUCUCUGGUCAAAGCUCGUCGUCAGAAAGCGAUGGCUAGCCAAGCUUCUCUCCUCACGCCAUUCGGGCCCGCUCGUACCACCGUCAAGGGCCAGCCUCUCAGCCAGGAUGAGUUGCGCAAGAUGGACGCUUUCAUGCGGGCUUCUCUCUAUCUCUGCAUGGGUAUGCUUUACCUCCGCGACAAUCCUCUUCUCUCGGAGCCUCUCUCUCUUGAUCACAUCAAAGCUCGUCUCCUCGGUCACUGGGGGUCGGACGCUGGUCAGAUCUUCACCUACAUGCACAUGAACCGCAUGAUCAACAAGUACGGUCUCAACGUCAUUUACCUGUCUGGACCCGGUCACGGUGCUCCCGCCGUCCUAUCUCAAUCCUACCUCGAAGGCGUUUACUCCGAGGUCUACCCCAACAUCACCGAGGACAUCGAGGGGAUGACCACGUUCUUCAAGCAAUUCUCCUUCCCGGGAGGGAUCGGAUCUCACGCCACCCCUGAGACCCCCGGAUCGCUCCACGAAGGCGGUGAAUUGGGUUACUCGGUGUCUCAUGCCUUCGGUACAGUGUUCGACAACCCCGAUCUUAUCAGUCUCGUAGUCGUGGGUGAUGGUGAAAGUGAGACAGGACCUUUGGCGACGUCUUGGCACAGCAACAAGUUCCUCAACCCCAUCAACGAUGGUGCAGUCUUACCUGUCUUGCAUCUCAAUGGUUACAAGAUCAACAACCCCACUGUCCUCUCCCGUAUCUCCCACGCCGAGCUUGAAGCCCUUUUCGUCGGUUAUGGUUGGACUCCAUACUUUGUCGAAGGAUCCGAUCUUGAGUCGAUGCACCAAGCUAUGGCGGCAACUAUGGAAAGGUGUGUGGACGAGAUCCGGGCUUAUCAGAAAGAAGCUCGUGAUUCUGGAAAAGCUUUCCGUCCUCGCUGGCCCAUGAUCAUCCUCCGCAGCCCCAAAGGUUGGACUUCUCCUCGUGACGUCAGCGGACAUCACCUCGAAGGUUACUGGCGUGCUCAUCAGAUCCCCAUUACCGAUGUCGCCACGAAUAAGGAGCACCUUGCGCUCCUCGAAUCUUGGAUGCGAUCGUAUAAACCUGAAGAAGUCUUCACCAAGGAGGGUAAACUCAUUCCCGAACUCAAGACUCUCGUCCCGGAAGGUAACAAGAGGAUGUCUGCCAAUCCUGUCACCAACGGUGGUUACCCUCGUCGCUCACUCCGACUUCCACCUUUCCAAGACUACGCUCUUGCCGUCAACCCGGGUAUCACCAGCGGUCCUAGCAUGAGCAACAUGGCAUGCUGGCUUCGUGAUGUCGUUGCCAAGAAUCAGACCAACUUCCGUCUCUUCGGUCCGGAUGAGACUGAAUCGAACAAGCUCGGGGAGGUCUACAAGGCGGGCAAGAAGGUGUGGAUGGGUGACUAUUUGCCUGAAGACGAGGAUGGGGGAAAUCUGGCGCAUAGCGGACGAGUCAUGGAGAUUUUGUCUGAACACACAGUCGAGGGAUGGCUCGAAGGCUACGUUUUGACCGGUCGUCAUGGUCUUCUCAACAGCUACGAACCCUUCAUUCACAUCAUCGACUCUAUGGUCAACCAACACUGCAAGUGGAUCGAAAAAUGUCUCGAAGUCGAGUGGAGGAAGAAAGUCCCUUCCCUAAACAUCCUCCUUACUGCGACUGUCUGGCGUCAGGAUCACAACGGUUUUACUCACCAAGACCCAGGUUUCCUCGAUGUCGUUGCCAAUAAGAGUCCGGAAGUUGUUCGUAUCUAUCUUCCCCCUGACGGCAACUGUCUCCUGUCCGUCAUGGACCACUGUUUCGUCAGCGAAAAUUACGUCAAUGUCAUCGUGGCGGACAAGCAGGACCAUCUUCAGUAUUUGAACAUGGAGGACGCCAUCGCGCAUUGUACCAAAGGUGUUGGGAUCUGGGAGUGGGCUUCGAACAGUCCAGACGACGAACCCGAUCUGGUCAUGGCCAGUUGUGGUGACGUGGUCACUAUGGAAUCACUCGCUGCUACGGCGUUACUCCGCGAAUACCUGCCCGAGAUCAAGAUUCGCUUUGUUAACGUUGUCGAUCUCUUCAAGCUCAUCUCGAGCGACGAUCAUCCCCAUGGUCUUACCGAUUCAGAGUUCAAUGCUUUGUUCACCAAGGACAAACCGGUCAUUUUCAACUUCCACUCUUACCCCUGGCUUGUUCACCGUCUCACUUAUAGACGUGCUGGAUCACACAACAUCCAUGUCAGGGGAUACAAGGAGAAAGGGAACAUUGACACUCCUCUCGAACUCGCCAUCCGAAACGGCACUGAUCGAUUCACUCUCGCCAUCGAUGCUAUCGAUCGUUUGCUCAGCUUCAAGAACAAAGCGAGUAUGGUCAGGGAGAAGCUCCUCAACCAACAGAUCGCCGCGAGAACCUACGCCUUCAAACAUGGUAUCGACGUGCCGGAGCUGAAAGACUGGACGUGGGCGUCAAGGAAGCAGGGUGAGACGAGUAAAGUGGCUUCGACCCUUCAGAAGACUCUGGGAUUGGGUUCCACCAACACGGACCAAGCCGCUUCUGUUAUUGGAUCGAGCGAGUAAAGAAUAAAGAAUGCCGAGACUAGAGACAGGUACUAUAGUACUUGUAACCGCUUGAAAUGCACGUGAUGCGAGUGUCAGCGAAUCCGCCACAG